ACACACUUCGCAUUCCGUUACCCAGCACCAGUGAAUCUGGUGAAAGUUUUGUUGUGUAUUUAGUGUUUUGCCGAUGCUGAUAAGAAAAUGAACGGACUAAUUGUGUUUAACAGCGCCAACGACGUUGUGUACCAGAAGCUCAACGAGCCGCUGGCGCAGAAGAUCCGGGGCGUGGCCACCACCCAGGGUCUGCUCCCCGUCGGUGCCGCCCUGGACAGCAACGUACUGCUCCAGAUUUUCAGCCCCAUCGUUGGAUCUCAGCGGAUUAUGCAGUGCCAGUUCGAUAAUGCGUACUCCAGCCUGCAGUGUGAGCAGGGCUUCAAUUUGGUAUUCGGCGAACUUCUCGGCUUCACCUUUCUCAAGAUCGGGCAGAUUCCCGUCGAGAUGCUGGGUCGCCAAAUGGGUGUGGCCAUUUCGCUGACGCGCUAUUGUUACGGCGCCAAUUUGUUUGCCGCCCAGGCGGGGGCCAUGCAGCAGGAGCUGCUGACGCAGUGCCUCGACUGCUAUGAGACGUUGCUGUGGGAGGAGGAUCAGACGUACCUGCUGGAGGCCAUGCCUAGGCUGCUGAUCAACACGGAACUAAAGAGGACUAUCCAUCUGACGCUGGACGCCACGCUUGAGCACUUGCGUCAGCUGGGACUGCCCCGAGCCCAUGCUCUAUUGCUCGUCUCCAACAAGCUGGUGGCCGUGAACAGCACUCGGCAAGCUCUGCCGCUGUCUGCCGCCGACCUGCUAUUCCUCAGCCUCAUGUCACGCGCUUUCCAGGCGCCAAAGUCACCGUCACAGAGGGCUGUAGCUGUAUUCCUGCAGGGUGUCUCCCACGAUGUGAACUCUGGCUGCGUUCCCAGUAUUGUGCACAUUUCGCGCUUGCACGGCAACCAAGUUCUGCUGCAGGUCAUCGAGUACGCACACAUGCCACUGGCCAGCUGCAUCUACGAUUCCUUUUAUGUGCUUCAAAAAAUUGUGGCCGUGCAGCAUCAGGGCGAUUCGGAUGCGCUGAAGCCCGCCUUCGAGAACCUUGAAACGUUUAUUGUGCAAGCCCUGAACGCUUUAAAGAGGUACCUGAAACAGCGAUCGGAAACCGAUGACCUGGAGAACUGCACGAAGAAGUUCGCCGCCAAAUGGGAAAAUCUUCGCAAGAUGUACACUGAGUACUUCAAGAACUUUGAGCGCGAGCUGCUGGUGAGAAUCGAGUCCAAUUUGCCCUCGUUUGGAGAGGAACUGAAGCAGAUAUUCACACUGGCCUGCUGCGACAGCUCCAGUGUCCAUGAGCUGGAUCAACUCUCUGAUACAGCAGCGAAUGUGGAGGCCAAGCUACUUGAGUUCGCUGAAUUUCUGGCCGUUAAGGCCGCUCGUAACAUAUCCAUUGAUGCUUACUUGGAGGAUUUCCCGGGUCUGGUGCACUUCAUGUACGUCAACCGCAGCCGAGGAGAAAUGCUUGCUCCGGAUCUGCGACCCAACCAGCUGGUGCCAAAGACAAAGCUCUGGAGCAUGGUGGAGAUCGCGAGGAAUUACCUUAAGAAGGGCCAGACCACAGUGAUGUGGAAGGACAAGGCAUUCCACUACUCGUACUUUCUCUGGUUCGAGGACAUGUCUGGUGGCGUUCUUAGUACUGUCGUGGAUUUGCAGCAUCACUUUCUGGCCACAGGGGCAGCCAGUGGCAAUGGUUCGAAGUCUCCAACAGAACCAGGUGCUCUUACAAUGGAUUACUACCAUGACCUGGCGGAGUUGUGCUUCCCCAAGAUAUCGCCGGCAAAGGUGCGCGUCUACGAGUUGUAUUGCAUUCAUCUGGGACUGGUCACCGCCACAUGUGCCGUGGAGCACGCCCGUCGCCUGGUAGCCACUAUCAGCGAUGUUGUGGGCGAGGAGGCGUUUUAAUUGCAUUGACCAUCGGCGUCAACCUAUCAUUCCGUGCAACAUUACCAGAGUUAGAACAUGAUUUCUAGUCAAUUUUCGAGACUCCUUCGCGAGAAAAUCCGAUCGAAAUUUUUUAGGUUAAGGACAACUAUCCACUGUUAUAGGCUACGCAACAAAGAUAUUUGUAAAAUAACUGGAAACAUAUUUUCUUUAAUCGUAACAAUAAAUGUGAUUACUCAGUUUCAG